AUGCUAUAUAGUAAAAUACUUCGAAAUCUUAACAAGCGCAUAAUUUAUUUCAAUUUUCGAGAAUUCUCAUCAUCAUAUUUUAUUUCAAAAGAAUUGAAUUCCAAAGAUUCUUUAAAAUCUUUAGACAACAGUAAUAAGAAUAAUAAUCCAAAUAAAGCAUAUAAUGAUACAUUGUUAUUACCGAAAACAAAAUUUUCAUUAAGAGCAGAUGCUAUUAAUCGUGAAAAACUAUUUCGUGAUCGAUGUACUGACGAGUUAUAUUCUUGGCAGUUGGAAAAUAAUCCAAAAGAUUUAUUAAUAUCACAUGAUGGUCCACCUUAUGCUAAUGGAAAUUUACAUAUUGGACAUGCAUUAAAUAAAAUUCUGAAAGACAUAAUCAAUAGAUAUAAAAUUUUACAAGGAUAUAAAGUUAGUUUUAUACCAGGAUGGGAUUGUCACGGAUUACCAAUUGAGUUAAAGGCUUUAUCAGAACUUAAGAAUGUUGACAAAUCAAAAUUAACUCCAAUGCAAAUUCGAACCACAGCAAGAAAAAGUGCAUUGGAUACAGUUGAAAUUCAAAAAUCAGAAUUUAAAAGUUGGGGAAUAAUGGGUGAUUGGAAAAAUGCUUAUAAAACUCUAGAUAAAGAAUAUGAAGUUAGACAAUUAAAAAUUUUUUAUGAGAUGAUGAAAAAAGACAAAAUAAGCCUGUCUAUUGGUCUCCAUCAUCCAGCAUUAGCUGAAGCAGAAUUAGAAUAUCGAGAUGACCAUCAAAGCCGAUCAGUAUAUGUAAAACUUCCUAAUUUAAACCAUAUUUUAAUAAAUGAUGAUGUUUAUGUAAUAAUAUGGACAACAACUCCUUGGACUCUUCCAGCAAAUCAGGCUAUAGCAAUCAAUUCAGAAAUGGAAUAUUCUAUUGUUUCACCCAUUUUUGACACCGAAUUUGUUAGUACUAGAGAUAAUUAUAUUGUAGCAAAUAAAAGAUUGGAUUCAUUACAAAAGAUUUUAGGAACUGAAUUUACUAUUAAAACUACAUUUAGUGGUCAUCAGCUUAUAGGUACAAGUUAUAGUCAUCCAAUCACAAAAGAAGAAUGUAGAAUUACUGAAGCAUUAUUUGUUAAUGAUGAAUCUGGGACAGGUUUGGUUCAUUUAGCACCUGGACAUGGAACAGAUGAUUAUGAAGCAUGCAAAAAAUUAAAUCUUUCAAUACACAGUCCAGUAGAUGAUUUUGGAAAAUUUUCAUCUGAAGUUGGUGAACCUUCCUUUGAAGGAAAAUUCGUAUUAACGGAUGGUACUGCUGCUGUAAUUGAUUAUUUAAGAGAUAAUAAUAUCUUGAUUAAAGAAAAAAAGAUUAUUCACAAAUAUCCAUAUGACUGGAGAACUAAAAAACCAAUUAUUAAUAGAGCAACUUCUCAGUGGUUUGCUAAUGUUCAAGCUUUCAAGCAAAGAGCAAUUGAAUCUCUUGCAAAUGUUAAAAUGUUACCCGAUACUGCUCGCAAUACUUUAAGACAAUAUGUUUUAUCACGUAGCGAAUGGUGUAUAUCACGUCAACGUUCGUGGGGGGUUCCCAUACCAGUUUUGUAUAAUAUAGAAAACGAUGAACCACUUUUUACUGAAUCAUCUAUUGCUCAUAUUAUUAAAAUUAUUGAGGAGCGUGGUUCUGAUGUUUGGUGGGAAAUAGAUGAGAAUGAAUUAGUGGCUCCUGAGUAUAAGAAUAAUGGAAUAAAAUAUCGACGAGGUAUGGACACAAUGGAUGUUUGGUUUGACAGUGGAGUUUCUUGGGCAUUUAUUUUAGAGAAAUAUAAAAGACAAGAUUAUGAACCAAUAGCUGAUUUAUAUCUUGAAGGAAUUGAUCAGAAUCGUGGAUGGUUUCAAUCUUCCUUAUUGACUUCUGUUGCGAUUAAUAAUAAAGCGCCAUAUUCGACAGUUAUUACUCAUGGUUUUGUACUUGAUGAGAAAGGUCGUAAAAUGUCAAAAUCAUUAGGGAAUGUUGUUGCACCUGAAGUUAUUAUUAAAGGUGGAAAGAAUAAAAGUGAAGAUCCCGCAUAUGGUGUUGAUGUUUUAAGGCUUUGGGUUGCAUCCUCUGAAUAUGUUACAGAUGUCAACAUUGGAAAAUCAAUUAUGAGUCAGGUAGCAGAAUCUUUAAGAAGAUACAGGAAUUCUGCACGAUUUAUGCUUGGAAAUUUAAAUAAUUUUAACCAUGAAAAAUUAGUGGAAUAUGAUGAUCUCAAAUCUAUUGAUAAAUAUAUUUUACAUGAGCUUUACCAAUUUGGAAAAGAUAUAAAUUCUGGUUAUGCUGAUUUUGACUUUACUAAAGUGAUCCGGUUAUUAAACAACUUCUCAAGUGUAACAUUAUCAGCAUUCUAUUUCGAUGUGGUAAAAGAUAGGUUAUAUGCCGACCAUAUUAAUAGUUUGAGUAGAAGAAGUGUUCAAUCAUCUUUAUAUCAUAUUCUAAAUGUAUAUGCAAGGUCAAUAGCUCCAGUGGUACCACAUCUUGCUGAAGAAAUAUAUGAAAAUUAUAAAUUUAUGGAACCAAGAGAGUAUGAUAGUGUAUUUAAAUUAGGAUGGUAUAAUUUGGAUAAACAGUGGAAUAAUGUUUCACUUCAAAUAGAAUGGAAUAUUCUGAAAUAUUUGAGAUCUGAAGUUAAUAAAUUAUUAGAAAUAGCAAGGAAGGAAAAAUUAAUAAAGAGUUCAUUAGAAGCAAACGUAGAUUUAUAUUUGAAUUCUAAUUUAUAUAAUAUGCUUAAGACACAUGAUUUAAAAUCCAUUUUUAUAACAUCUAAUGCAACCUUAAAUGAAGAUAUUUCUUUAUUAGUCGAAAAUAAUUCCAAUGAACCUAAAGUACAUUUUAUAGAAAAUAUUAAUUUAACUGAAGGUAAUAUACAAGGAUCUGGUAAGAUAGUUGUAAAAAAAGCUAGUUUCUUUAAAUGUCCUAGAUGUUGGAAUUACUCUUCAAUUGAAGGAAACUGUCUCUGUUCUAGAUGUAAAGAUGUAUUGUCUACUGAAAUAGAUUUAUAA